AUGGCGACCGCGGAAGCGAGCGGCAGCGACGGGAAAGGGCCAGGGGUGGAGACCCCCGUCACCUACUACCGUCUGGAGGAGGUGGCGAAGCGCAACACCCCGAAGGAGAUAUGGCUGGUGAUCCACGGGCGGGUCUACGAUAUCUCCCGCUUCCUUAACGAGCAUCCUGGCGGAGAAGAGGUUCUGCUGGAACAAGCUGGCGCGGAUGCAAGUGAGAGCUUCGAAGACGUAGGCCACUCCUCUGACGCCCGAGAAAUGCUCAAGCAGUACUACAUUGGCGAUGUGCAUCCGAAUGACCUUAAACCUGAAAGUGGUAGCAAGGACCCUUCAAAAAAUGACACCUGCGGAAGUUGCUGGUCAUACUGGAUUCUCCCCAUCAUAGGCGCCAUUCUCUUAGGUUUCCUGUACCGUUACUACUACCCAUCAGACAGCAAGUCCUCCUGA